AUGGAAUUUAAGGUUUCUCCACUUACAAAAAUCAUAUCGUUAUCAGGUUUCCUUGCUUUAGGCUUCCUUCUAGUCAUUUUAAGUUGUGCAUUGUUCCAUAAUUACUACCCAUUGUAUGACAUUCUCAUUUUCUUACUAGCACCUAUUCCAAAUUCUCUAUUCAGCAAAGCAUCAUAUAGUUCCUCUGAUUUUAUGUCCGAGUCUUCAGGAAGUGGCAGUGACUUAGGUCACUUUUUAACUGGUAUGUUAGUAACGAGUGGGAUAGCACUCCCAUUGGUUUUUUACCAUUGCAAUCUGAUCGGUUCCUUAAGUUGCACAAUGAGUAUGAUGGGUGGUUUGAUCAUAUAUUCCAGUGUGGUAAUCUUUUCGUGGUUUUUCCACAGUAAUUGGGAUAAUGAGGAAGAUACAUUAUUUACCUAA